GCCAGCCCCAACUUGGACCUUCAUUUAUCAUAGACUAACCCCACCAUGGUUGCUCUUUUUGCCAAAAUCUUCGGAAGCAAAGCUGCAGAUCUUGCAAAAGCCAAAGCGGAGAUUGCAGAAAUCAUUCCAGUUGUGAAUGAAUCCGACGAUGAUACCUGCUCCAUGGAUUGUGGCGCUUGUACCACUUCCUUUCCCUCCUCCCUCAAGCUUUCGGACGAGGAUGACGGAAACACCGUGUUGUGGAGGUCGACCGCGAAUUACGAUUUGCACUGCGUGGUUCCUACCGGGAAGACCGAUUGGAUCAGAGAUGCCACCGAUGUGAGAGGGACCGUGAAGAAGCAGAUCGCCGAGUGGAGCAAAAGCAACACGGCCACAAAGUUGGUGGGUAAGGACGGCGAGCGCGGCUCUAUCAAGGUGUCGACUUCUUCCUUGCCUUUGGGUGAUGAAAUGGAUCCGGCCUAUAUUAACGGAACCAAGGCCGAUGUUUUGCUUUUGCCGUACUUUGUCUGGGUGCACGGGUUGACUGUGGAUAAAGUCGACUCUGUGUUGACAGAAGUUGUGGAUAUCUUGCAAAAGGCCCAAGAGGAUAAGUCGGGUGACGAUACUGCCGAGUUGGCUGGCGAAACUACUAAGUUAGCUAUCGGCGAGGCUGAGGAGACUACGACGCUGCUGGUUGGUGAAACUGAGGAGGCUACCAAGUUGCCGGUUGGCGAAGUCCAGGGCUUCGCAGUCAAGGCCUGUGGUUUCCAGUCUCACAUCUUCCUCUGCUCCCACCAGACAAGAGACAAGAGAUGCGGUAUCACCGCACCAAUCAUGAAGCGCGAGAUGGAAGACAUUCUCAGAGACAAGGACCUUUUGCGUGACUAUGGUGACGACAGAGCUGGUGGUGUCAAGGUCAGUUUCGUGAACCACGUAGGUGGCCACAAGUACACCGCCAACGUGAUGAUUUACAAGAAGAACGGUGACAUGAUCUGGCUCGCACGCUGCCAUCCAAAGAAUGUCCAGCUGAUCUUGGAGGAGAGUGUCCUAGGUAAGGGCCGAGUCUGGGCCGAGAAGGUGAGAUUGGUUCAGAAAACAAACCCAAUUGCAUGGUGAUCCGCCGUCAUUUUGCUCUUUAGUUUCAAUGAUAUACAUUAGAAUUAUCUUUAAUUGGGCGUAGUCGGGUGUACUGGAGAAACUUUAACCCUGCGAAUGUCAUCUAACGGGUCGGUUUACUCUUGACGGAUAUUACCAAUAUGCUCUCCAGAGUUUUCCAUAUUUCCUGAAACUUAUAUCUAGUUUUAUGAUAUAAACUCCCUCA